GGAUGGGAGUAAACGAGUGUCACAGUUUUGUGUUUACGCUCGCUGACCGUGCGAGCAGAGCGGAGCCGAAGGAGGGAGGAACCUAAAGAGCUCGUAGCCGAGUCGAGACACACUCCGCCCGGACACAGAGGAGCCCCCUGCUCAGCGGGGUUCUGGAAAAUGGGAGCGGUGAAGUGAAGCGGAAAAACGGUCAGAAAAGAGCGCGGACACUCUGGAUGAAAGGCGAGUAAAAAGCUAGCAACAUAAUGGCGCUCUUCCUGUGGCUUGACCUGCUGCUAUUGCUGCUGGCGGGCGUCCGGUGCACCUCGGUCAAGAACUGCCACGCAGGCUGCCGUUGCGAGGUGGAAAGCUUCGGCCUGUUUGACAGCUUCAGCCUGACCACAGUCGACUGUCGAGGGUUGGGUCCCGGCGCCAUCAUACCUGUGCCCAUCCCGCUGGACACGGCCUUCCUGGACCUGUCCUCCAAUGCCUUGGGCCACCUGACUGACAACAUGCUGGCCGGGCCCGGUUACACCACCCUCGUUAGCUUGGACCUUAGCAGCAACCACAUUACAAUGGUAAGCCCCAAUGCUUUGUCCAAGCUGCGUUACCUGGAGACUCUCGACCUCAGCCACAAUGACUUGGAGGGCCUCCCGCCGGGCUGCUUCUUUGGCCUCCCUCUGGCCGAAGUGGACCUCAGCCACAACAACCUCCGCGACUUCAACAUGGGCGCGUUUGUGGCGAAAGUCAACAGCAAACCCGUCAGCGUGGAUCUGUCGCACAACAAGCUCGUGUCUAUUUCCACAACACCGCAUGGGAAACUUGUCCACAUUCAAAGCUUGAAUCUAACGGCAAACCAUCUUUCCGGCAUACCGAGGCUCGAAGGACUCGAGAUACUCCGAUACCUCAGUCUGGAUGGCAACCCCAUCGUUGCCAUUGAAGAGGGCGACUUCGCUCACCUGACAGAUCUGGUUUUCUUGUCCCUGAGCAGCCUUCGUCAGCUUUGGGGAAUCGAGUCGCAUAGCUUUAAAGGACUCCAGAGUCUCCAGGUGUUGGAUCUCUCCAACAAUCCCAAGCUGAAGACGCUAAGGCGAUCCAUUUUUACCGGACUGGACUCGCUGCAGGAGCUGAAUUUAUCCGGCUCUGGAGUGACAUCCUUACCGCAUAACAUGCUCUCGCACUUACCCGCGAUCAAGAGCAUUGCGCUCGGACAGAACAUCCGUUGCUUGAGGACCCAGAAACAAGGAGUGUUUCACAGACAGCUGGGACAGUCCCAACACUAUGAGGUGCUCAACUGCAACCGGGAUAGCCUUGCGUUGUGAUCCUGCCAAUAUGGACCAGUCCUUCGGUCCUUCGUCUUUAUACCGGCACUGUGCCUUCGAUCACAUACCUCUUUCUCAAGCUUUAAGAGUUUUUUUGUUUUUUUUUUUUUUUUUUUUUUGCCUUUACUGAUACAAACGGACAUAAAACGGUCAAUAUGUAUCCGAAACGUAAUGUCAUAUUCGGAUUCUUUAUCUGCAUACAAACAAUAACUUUGUUUUUGCGCUUAUUUUCAUCACAAAUAAAGCAGUCCAAAUCUUCAUAGAAAUGCUGAUGAGCUCAAUGUUACAUAGCUUUUACCACCACUGACCACAUGACCACUAAGUUAAGGCAUCAUUUAAGCCAAUUUUGAGGACCGUUCGCAUCCUCUCUGCCUUUUUGAGUUCGAUGCUCAAAGGAAGCAUAAGACUUCUUAGCCGAGGCUUUGCAAAUCCAUUGACUUGACUGAACGUCAAACGAUGAAAAAUGUGGUUCCACACCUCACUAGUACUGCAUUUUCAGAGCGACGAUGGUGUUUUUCCUUAGUUUUAUGACCACGCUGAGCUAAGAUAGCCAACAACUUCGCCAAAGUCUAAUUAACUCUGCGACUUAUAGCGUCAGUUCAUGAGGUUGAUGGAGAAAACGAUGUGUACAAAGUAUGACGCGGUUUGCUAUUGACGUUUGCGAACCAAUUUAAUUGUGUUUGAAGAACUUGUCAAAUGCAAAAAAAAAAAAAAAAA